GUCGAUCUCCUUCUCCCAACCCUCCUUCUAUAAAUGGCAAUAUUUUCCAUCCCUUUUUCUUCACAGACCCCCAUCGUCUCCCACCCUAUCUGUUUAUAUACAUAUCUCCCAUUCUCCAUCAGAUCAUAUCAGAUCAGACGGGGCACAUCUCCAGUUUGUGCCUGAAUCAAACCCCAUCUCAGCUGUCCAUCUGUCUGAUGGCUAAUCCAACGGUGUUAGAUUCACGCACAAACUCGUGAUCUGUCUCCUCUUCCAACACCCUAUUCCCCUUUCCUUCUUCGCUUUUUAUCUGAAUUACUUUUCCUUCCAAAAAUAAAAAUUGAUUGAACUUUUUGGCGCCAAUUCCGAUUCACAUUUUCCCUCUCAAUCAGUUUUUGUUUCCCUCUCAAUCAGUUUUUGUUUCCCUCCAGGCUCAGAAGAAGAAGAAUUGGGAAGGGGAAGAAUCUGAAAUAUUUGGGAAUCGGAUCGAAUGGACUCGGGUUCGGGUUUGGAUUCGGGUCUGGAAUCAGGGUCAACGGAGGAUUACGAGACGGACGUGGAGCUUCUGAAGAGGGCGUGGCGGCAGGAGAAGGCUGCUCCGGAGGUUCUUCAGUUCGAGAGUGCUUUGAUUCGGAGAAUCAUUGAGCAGAUCCAAUUGAUGGAAGAAACUGUGGAGGAGUUCACUGAGAGCGGUAUCGAUCCGCUUACCGUGUCACUGUACCAGAUGGAUUUGGACAGAACUCAGUUUUUGUUGAGAUCUUAUUACCGAAUUCGUUUGCAGAAGAUUGAGAAAUACAUGUUUCACAUUCGGGAUAAUGCUGAAAGCCGUCUCUCUGAUAAGGAGAAGCUGUUUGUUGAACGGUGCUGCGCUGAUUUGCAGACGCAUCUUGAAAAGAGCAUUCUGUUGCAGUUGCCUUCUACUUAUCAGUCUGUAUUCCGUCAAUCAAGUGAAAAGGAGACUGACAUGGUGCCGAGACACCAAAUGGAUACAUUUGUUGUCUGCAAAACCAAGUACUAUCUUGGACAUAUCCAGCUCGAGGACGAUGGAGAAUCAGAUAGCAGUGCGAGCCAGCGACCAUUGGACGAGCCGUUUGAGAUGGAGCCUAAUGUGUUGUACUUUGUACGUUAUAAAGCAGUGAAAAAAUUUGUAGAGGAAGGGGAGAUUGAUUUAUACUGAGCACAAUCUUGCACCCUAUUGCUUGACCGAUUUCAUCAUGGAAGUGAGUUUCUGUGCAACAUCCAGCGCUUCUACGUCGAAUGUUGAAAAUGAUGAAAUCCUCAAACCAAAGGUGACGUAGCGGUCUCUCCACCUUAUUGGUUUACAACAUUUGCUUAGAAACUAUCCACGUGCAAGUCAGGGGAGCGGUUUUCUCCCUCGCAGGAUCUGUAUGUACUAAUCAUUUAUCAUUGCUUAAGAAUGGUCAUUGUGUACGAUUGGUAUUCUUUUCGAUGGAUUUUUAGUGUGCAGGAAACAUGAUCAAAAGAAAAUUUCUCGUUUUUAUUAAUGUCAA